AUCAUGGCCUCGGAAACGUGUUGCGGGCACGAAGGAUGCCUAUCACGGCAUGCUACACACGAUGGCCAAGAACUCGGACCGCAACAUGAGGACGCCUCGUGGCAUCUCGUGCAGCAUCAACCUGUCACAACGUUCUGCACGGCGAUCGCUGCCCAUGUUCCAAUGACUGCUCGCUGAGACACUGUUGCUGGUCACAACCACCACGUUCCUCCCUCAAGGAAUGCACACACGCAAUGGAGUCCUCGAGAUCGUUGUCGAUAUGGAAGCAUCAGGAGAUCACUCAAGACUGGGCGAACUCAAACGAGCCUACUAUGGUGGCGUCACAGGCUGGGGAGAGGUGCUCAACUCAAGUCACCCAGCAACACCUUACAGCCAUGGACUUCAAGGGACCAACCAGCCCAGAAACUACCUCUACGUGCAUAUCCUCAUCGCAUUAUUACUGGGACUCAUGGCCCUCACCCUGGCCUACAGAUGGCUCCACACCUACCACGCAUACUACCGAAGAAAACGUACCGUCAACGGCUCGCCGGAAGUGCAGUCACGUUUCAUGCACAACUUCACAUUCUUCUGGCCGUGGAUCAAGCGCCACAUCGUCUUCGCACCGCUUUUCAAGACACGGCAUAAGGAAGCGAUUCGUCUUUCGGAAGGCUUCGCGAUUGGUGGCCUACCAACAAGAUACAACGCCGUCCUACUUGUCCUCUAUCUGGGAAGCAAUAUCGCAUAUUGUGUCGCGGUAGACUGGCAUCAUAUGCCACCUGCUGCACUCGUCGCCGAACUUCGUGGUCGCUUCGGCGUGUUGGCAGCCUGGAACCUCAUCCCGACCAUCCUCUUCGCCUUACGCAACAAUCCUCUGAUUCCGCUGCUGCGAAUCUCAUACGACACUUUCAACUUAUUCCAUCGAUGGUGUGCCCGAAUCAUGACGCUCGAGGCGCUCCUGCAUGCUAUUAUGUGGGCGAUCAACGCCUUUCAGAGUGGCGGAUUCGAGCAAGUACAACUUUCGCUGGCCACAAGCACGAGUUUUGCAUUUGGACUAUUGGCCGUUUGCGCCUUCGCCACGAUCUCAUUGACCGCAUUCGCACCUUUGAGACAUGCCUUUUACGAGACAUUCAUCGCUUCGCACAGGAUACUGGUCUUGGUGGGCUUGAUCGGCACCUACAUCCACCUGGACAAAGCACGUCUUGAGAUUGUCAUGUAUAUUGAGUUGUGCUUCCUGCUUUGGAUUCUGGAAUGGGUAUUGCGCACCUUCCGAAUCAUGUACUUCAACUUUGGGGGCACGAGAGCAGUAACGAGAAUCAGCGUCCAGGCUCUUCCAGCAGAAGCAUGCCUGCUUACUUUUCAUCUAAGUCGGUCCUGGCGCUGGAAGCCUGGAUGUCAUGUGCAUGUCUACAUGCCUAACAUGUCUCUGGCUUCGAGCCACCCUUUCUCUGUAGCAUGGGUAACUGACUGCAGUGGCGACGAUGAACAGAAGUUGCCUGGUCCGGAAGACGAGUCACUGGACGAGAAGACUCUCGUUGAAUUGAGCAAAAAGCGAUCGUGCAUGAAGCUAUCAAAUUUCCUGCGCCGAAACAAAAUUGCCGAAGUGCAGACUACCGAGGGCUGUGAAAACACCGCGGUGGCCACUCGAAAAACGUCGAAUCCAGUCAUGAAAGGCGUCAAUGCCAGCUCCGUCAGCCUGGUUGUGAAAGCGCGAGAAGGCUUUACGAGACAUUUGUAUGACAAGGCCAGUGCACAACCCAAAAGACAAUUCAGCACCUGGGGUGCUAUUGAGGGUCCCUAUGGUGGCUACCACACUCUCAGCUCCUAUGGAACAGUCGUCCUCUUUGCCGGCGGUGUAGGCAUAACGCAUUGCAUCGACUGCGUCCAUUACUUGGUACGGCAGUAUCGAGCAGGCACUGCGAGCGCACAGAAAAUACUGCUAGUGUGGUCCGUCCGCGACUUUGAGACAAUUCAGUGGAUCAGCAAGUGGAUUAUCGAGAUCUGGGACCUCCUUGGCGAAGAUGCCAAAGGCGUCUUGCGAAUCCACAUGUAUGUCACACGAGCGGGUGGCGUCACGCAGUACGUGCCCAGCUAUGGUGAGUACAUGCAAGUGUCGUGGGGACGCUGUGUGCCCAAGGAGAUCGUCACAUCAGAGCUGGAGCAAAGGAUUGGUGCUGUCGGCGUAACAGUGUGUGGACCUGGAAUGUUUGCGGACUGUGUCAGAGCUGCGACCAGGUCGGUCAUGCAGGAAGGUUGUGUUGAUUUCAUCGAAGAAGCAUUUACUACAUAG